AUGAGCAACAGUAAUGGCGUAUCUAAGCUCUCGCUGUGGCAGCCCCAGCAAUCCCUUAACUCGAAUCAAUCGUCACAACAACCACAAACGCAAAGGCAGCAAAACUCACAACCACAAGCUCAAGGAUCACCGAACCAAGGAAAUCAACAAAGUCCUCCUACUCCCUUGGCCAACUAUACUUUACCCGGGGUCAUUAGCUACUUGACGAGCGAGUUUACGAACUUGGAGAGAUUCAAAAUCAUGUCUAAUUUAGAGAGAUCAGAGAUGAAAUAUCGGAUCACUCAGUUGCAGGGUGAACUAAACACUUUGAAAUACACCAAUCAUCAACAGAAACUUAGAAUUGAGAAGUUGGAAGCUGAAAAUGAUGCAUUAAAGAAUGAUAAAGGGUUUACAGUUGAUCCUCCAGAUGACCUUUCAUUGGUUGACAUCCCCGAAGUAGAUUUGCAUUUGAUCAAGGAAUCUCGUUAUCAGUUGACCAAGUCCAUGAAAGAAGUGAUCCAUUUAUUGAAAAGUCCUGUUAAUGCAAAUGUCGAUUACCUUGAAUUACCCAAUGUAACCGAUACCUCCAAUUCAUUUGAUGAAUUGUUGUCUAAUGACAACUUUGUUUUUAAUGCAUACAAUAGAUCGAACGGAGGUGCCAAUGACGAUGGAAACAAAACUUCGCUUGUCAACAAGUUUUUUAAUGACGAUUCUCACCUGGAGUCCGAAGACAACAGUGAUCCGGUCCACCUGGGCUCACUUAGCGAGAAGUUUGAUAAAAUGACCCUUGAGGCUGAAUCGCCAGUUUCGACAGAAUCUUUAGAUGUGGCUGAAAGUGAUACUGAAACGGUGAUUUUGGAUGGAAGCAAUGAUUUCAAAUUUAAUGAUAUCGAUAAUAUAGAGCCCAAUAUUGAUGAUGAAAUCAAAAAUCCUCCUCCACAACUAGUUGAGACCAAACUCACUAUUAAAAACGAUGAGUUCAAGCAUGUCAAGGUAUUUAGGAAUGCCAGUGACAAACACAUCAUGUACUUACACUACGAUAAUUUCGAAACCCCCGAUGAGUUGAGGAUUACAUUGCAUGACGCCGAAAGUGACCAGGAAGUCAUGUCAGUUACUAGCAAUACAUCAUUGAUCGAUGGGAUUGAAGAGAUUCUUGAGUUAUACAUUUUGUCUUUUGACGUUGAGAAUGAGGUUAUUCGCAUGUUGGCAGUUUACGAUUCUGGUCAAAUCAGCCAAAUCGUUUUAGAUCAGGAAGAUUCUAUGUCUAGCCUUAUUUCUAGUCCUACAUUAAAUGGCACGAAUAUUUUGUCUUCUGCAUUGGUUGAAUUUGAUCAUAAGCGAACAGGAAAGAAUAAGUCGUUUGGGUUGGCAGUGUCCUUUUCCAGUAAACCACAAGCAACCAUCAAGCUUUACGACCUAAAUGCUGGUCCUAGAAACGACAUCACAGUCAAAGAAAUUGGCUCAUAUAAUAAGAACUUCUUCAAAUUCAAAUCCGCUGUUGAAGGAUCAAAUUUUAAGAUUCUUAAAUGGUUUAAGAGUAACAGUCAACACACCGACACUCCUAAAAAGGGACAUACACAUAGCCGCUCAUUAUCAAAUUCCGAUAGUUCUUUGAGUCCGUACAACUUGGUAUUGAAUCUUGGAGGUGCCAUUUUCCUAUUCAACAUUGCCAGCAAAGUGAGCACGCCCAUCAGCGAUUUAACUACUCAUUUCAACUCGGAUCUAGAAAAUAACAACCAUAAUCUUGUGAUUCGAAGUCCAAUUGAUUCUACAUCGUUUCAAUUGGAGAUAUAUGAUUUGACGAGCAAAAACCCUGGAGAUCCCAACUAUAUUACUUGCGAUGAAGUUGAUGACCUUGAUCGCGAUCCCGAAUCGGCCUACACUACGAUUUUCUCUAGUGAUAAUGUCCUGUACAUCAUAGAAAUCCUGAAGUCCCGAUUGAAAAUGUACAAUAACUUGUUUACAUUGUUAGAGAGUUUCCCGGUGACUUAUAAAGAUGCAUACAAGGUUGGAAAUACUAUUGUGCUCCAGCAAGAUGAGGAAUUAUUGAUGUUUAGAAUUAAGUAA